AUGACCAAGAUUCUUCUUACUGGCGGCUCCGGCUUCAUCGCCGCCCACAUCCUCGAGCAACUGCUCGAACGCGGCCACGACGUCGUCACCACCGUCCGCUCCGAGGACAAGGCCCAGAAGAUCCGCGACGCCCACCCGGACCUCGACGCCAAGCGCCUCACCAUCGCCAUCGUCCCGGACAUCGCGCAGCCCGACGCCUUCGACGAGGUCGUCAAGACGCCCGGCCUCGAGGCCGUCCUGCACACGGCGUCGCCCUUCCACUUCAAGUGGACCGACGCCAAGAAGGAGCUCAUCGACCCCGCGCUCGUCGGCACCACGGCCAUCCUCAAGGCCCUCAAGCGCGACGCGCCCGGCGUCAAGCGGGUCGUCGUCACGAGCAGCUUCGCGUCCAUCAUCGACGAGGCGAAGCUCGCGGACCCGAACACGGUCUUCAGCGAGAAGUACUGGAACCCCGUGACGGUGGACGACAUCGGGCGCAGCCCGGCGACGGCGUACCGCGCGAGCAAGAAGCUGGCCGAGAAGGCCGCGUGGGAGUUUGUGGAGAAGGAGAAGCCGGGUUUCGACCUUGUGACUAUCUGCCCGCCGCUCGUGCUGGGCCCCGUGGUGCACCACUUCGCGGACCUGAGCAGCAUCAACACGUCCAACGAGCGGGUUGUGGACCUGGUUAAGGGCAAGUGGAAGGAGGAGGUCGCCCCGACGGGGGCGGCGUAUCUGUGGAUCGACGUCCGGGACCUCGCACUGGCGCAUAUUCUGGCGCUGGAGAAGGCCGGGGCCGGGGGCAAGAGGCUGUUUACGACGGCCGGGUGGUUCAGCAACGCGGAGAUUGCGGAGGUUGUGAGGAAGAACUUCCCCGACCUGAAGGAGAGGCUGCCGGCGCCUGGAACGAAGGGCGGGGAGCAGCCGCCGAAGGACAAGGUCUACGGGUAUGAUGACUCGGAGACAGCCAAGAUUCUGGGAAUUAAGUGGAGGAGUUUGGAGGAGAGCAUCAAUGACUUGGUCAAGGACUUGAAGAAGUUUGGUGUUUGA